GUCGCCCUCCCGCCAUCUUUGUGCCGGCUUUCCAAGAGACGAACACGUUGCCCGAAAAAGAAGUUUCUCCCUCGGGUUAGUUGUGAAUAAAACGUCCCUUCUCUGUUGUUUUCCACGCCGCGGGAAGACCGGAGCCGGAGAGCGCUCCUCAGGUGCUAACGUCUGCCACCUAGCCCUCCAUCAUGGCGGAUAAAAACACCAGGAUCGCCAUCGUCAACCAUGACAAAUGCAAACCUAAGAAAUGUCGCCAGGAGUGUAAGAAGAGCUGCCCCGUGGUCCGUAUGGGUAAGCUGUGUAUCGAGGUGACGCCACAGAGUAAGAUCGUGUGGAUCUCCGAGUCUCUGUGUAUCGGCUGUGGAAUUUGCAUCAAGAAAUGUCCGUUCGGAGCGCUGUCGAUCGUCAACCUGCCCAGUAACCUGGAGAAGGAAACCACGCACAGAUACUGUGCCAACUCCUUCAAACUGCACCGGCUGCCUAUCCCCAGGCCUGGUGAGGUGCUGGGGCUUGUGGGGACCAACGGUAUCGGGAAGUCCACGGCUCUGAAGAUCCUGGCGGGAAAACAGAAGCCCAACCUGGGGAAGUUCGAUAAUCCUCCAGACUGGCAGGAGAUCCUGACGUACUUCCGAGGAUCCGAGCUGCAGAACUACUUCACCAAAAUCCUGGAGGACGACCUGCGGGCCAUCGUCAAGCCGCAGUACGUGGACCAGAUUCCAAAGACCGUUAAGGGGUCAGUAGGGGCCAUCCUCACCAGGAAAGACGACACAGACUCACAGACGCUCGUUUGCGAACAGCUGGACCUGAGUCACCUGCGGGAGAGGAACGUGGAGGAUCUGUCCGGUGGUGAGCUGCAGAGGUUCGCCUGCGCCGUCGUCUGCAUCCAGAGAGCCGACAUCUUCAUGUUUGAUGAACCGUCCAGUUACCUGGACGUGAAGCAGCGACUGAAGGCGGCCAUCACCAUCCGCUCCCUCAUCACGCCAGACAGGUACAUCAUCGUGGUGGAACACGACCUCAGCGUCCUGGAUUACCUGUCUGACUUCAUCUGCUGCCUGUACGGCGUGCCCAGCGCCUACGGCGUGGUCACCAUGCCCUUCAGCGUCCGAGAGGGUAUCAACAUCUUCCUGGACGGUUACGUUCCCACGGAAAACCUCAGGUUUCGCGAGACGUCGUUGGUUUUCAAGGUGGCGGAGACGGCGAACGAGGAGGAGGUGAAGAGACUGAGACACUACCAGUAUCCAGAAAUGGCCAAGACAUUGGGCGAUUUCACGUUGGAGAUCAAAGGAGGAGAGUUCACGGACUCUGAGAUCAUGGUGAUGUUAGGAGAGAACGGGACGGGAAAGACGACCUUCAUCCGGAUGUUGGCGGGAGGAUUAAAACCCGACGGAGGAGGUGAUAUUCCCAUCCUGAACGUCAGCUACAAACCGCAGACCAUCAGCCCCAAGUUUAAGGGCAGCGUCAGAGCUCUGCUGCACGAGAAGAUCAGGGACGCCUACACUCACCCACAGUUCAUCACCGACGUCAUGAAGCCCAUGCAGAUCGAGAGCAUCAUCGACCAGGAUGUUCAGAACCUGUCUGGUGGUGAGCUGCAGCGAGUCGCCCUCACCCUGUGUUUGGGCAAACCAGCAGACGUCUACCUGAUUGACGAGCCGUCGGCGUACCUGGACUCUGAGCAGAGGUUGAUGGCCGCCAGGGUCAUCAAAAGGUACAUCCUCCACGCCAAGAAGACGGCAUUCGUGGUGGAGCACGACUUCAUCAUGGCGACCUACCUGGCCGACAGAGUCAUCGUGUUUGACGGAAUUCCCUCCAAGACGACGGCCGCCAACACGCCGCAGGGACUCUUGGCAGGAAUGAACCGCUUCCUGUCACUGCUGGAGAUCACGUUCAGACGAGACCCCAACAACUUCAGACCGAGAAUCAACAAACACAACUCCAUCAAGGACACGGAACAGAAGAAGAGCGGCAACUAUUUCUUCCUGGACGAUUAAAUCAACUUCCUGUGCGACCAACUGUGACUUCCUGUGACGCUGCGUCCAACAAACGUGUUUAAAAAAAACAAAACAACAUCAAACAAACAUUGUGUAUGAAAUCAUGAGUCAGUAACAUGGUAGAACAUGACUCAGCAUAUUUUAACUCUCCUGACAACAAUAAAGUUCUGACUCCGUG